AUGUCCAACCCCUUCUGCGAUAACUAUGUAGACGACGCCUCUACUCCGCCCACCUCGCCAAUCUCCGAUGGCAUAUCCGAGCCUAUCGAUUGGAAUAGCCGUAACUUGGUGUAUCUUCUCAGCGUCUUGAGACCCGAAGAGGUUGCAGCCGAUAUACUCGUCUUCAAUCCUCCACUUGAGGCUCUAGAGGACCUUACAUACCCCUUCCAUCUGCAGAUCCACAAGAAGGCUGUUUCCACUCGCAUCGACAGUCAUCCCUAUUCUAGGGACACUCACAUCUGCACCAGGCGUCCUCAACCAUGCACGUUGGUCGCUGAAUCAAACCGCGAGUGCAUGAGCCCAGAACUCGCUCGUCGCUCCCUCGCCCACGAUCUGCUCUCCAAUAUCGAGCUUGUCGACGCUACCAUCGCCAGAUACAACGCACUUUGGGUCAUUCAUAACAGCGAUGUGUCUACAUUGGAGUCUAUACUACGCGCCAUGUGCGAGAUGAUCACUAUUGCCGACGACGAGUGGCAGGGUCGCCUCGAUCAGCUGUGCGGCAUGGCCGCUGGAGACUACACUGGCCAAUGUGUCGAUGGAGACUGUUCCGCAGAGACACGUUUGGAGUAUCAUCUUCUGAUGACAGGCAGGAUUGCUUUGGAGGAUUGGAUUCGGUGUGUCGGUGCUUGCUUGGGCAUGGACUCUGAGAAAGAAAGGGCAGCGCACGCAGAGGUUUACGACGAGGCAGGCAGCUUCCUCGGCAGGGCAUUCUAUCAGAUGGUAGGUUAG